CAUGAUUAUACACUUUGAUAUGAUUUUUUUCUAAGCCAAAAGCAUGAAUGUCAGUUUGUUAAUUAUAUUUUUCAAGACAUUUGUGCCUAGUUUUCAGCUUUUCAGUCUGGAGAGAAAUGGUGUGAGAAAUGAUUUCCUCUGAUGCAAUGCAAAUGUACAGCGUCAGAAAGGCUAUAGUCAUUCUGUUUAGACGUCAUAAAGGAGAUUCUAUAAUUAUGUUCAAUGUGUAAUUAUGACACACGACAUAACGGUGUUAAAAGUUAAAUCCAACGUGCUGGCACCCUAUUAUGAUGCUAUUUAUAACCUAUUUCAUUUGAGGAUUUGAUUUAUAAGACAGACGGAAAGGGUCUACAAACUUACGGGUUGUGCCUCAACUGUCUGAACGCCUGAAGUAGGCGCUUGGAGUCGGAGAAGUGUCUGGGUGGAUAUGGAUACAGAGGGGGGCGGUGCGUCAUUGCGCUUGGAGAAUGAGAAACUGCGGCACGAGAAUGACGACCUGAAAAUAAGGCUUGGCUUGAUGAAGGAAAACUUUGAUCUGAAGUCCAAACUGCAAACCUCCGCUCUAACCAGCGAUACUCUCAGGGAAUCGACAGGCAGGAACACAACUAUUCAGUGGCAAGACAUCGUGGAUGAGGACAGAUUCAAACAUGAGCUGCAUCAAUCGUCCAAACAUUCUCACAGAACGUCUUCCCCGGUUAACCUGGAGUCCUACACCAAGAGCUGCAUGUACACAGACCCACGAGAACAUGAAGAGACUGCAAGCUGUUCUUACAUCAUGUCUCACAAGGUGAAAGAUCCAGAGCGGUUGGUGGGGGAGAUAGCCUUCCAGCUGGAUCGAAGGAUCCUGUCCUAUGUAUUCCAAGGCCAGACCAGACUCUAUGGGUUCACUGUGCUCAAUAUACGAGACAAGAUCAUUCAG